ACUGGCAUAUAGAUUAGACGGAAACAAAUGUAAUGUAAGACCUCAUUUGUAGCUCGAUUACGGAAGAGAAAGAAAAGGGUUUGCUUUAUAUAUAUCCUUCUUCCUCUCGUUUCCUCUUUCAUACUGCAAUUACUGUCGCCAUCAGCACAAGGACAUCUUCGAUUUGGAAAUUAAGGUCACACAAGAAAUGGCAGUAAAACCAACAGUUGCUUUGAGGGCUAUGCUUGUUGGAGGGAUAGCUGUAUUUGCAAAAGUAGCUGGUGCAAUGAAGGCUGCUGGUGGUGCAAAGCUGGGGGCAGCCGCAACAGCCAUGACAAUAGCUGCAAGUGCUGCUAUGUCAGGAUCAAAACAAGAUUCAAAGGAUGCUUCACCUUCAAAAUGAUUUUCUUUCAAAUUUUUUGGCAGCAGUAACAUUACUAUUUAGCAUAGUUCUCAGAUCCCCAUGGGUAUGUUGGGAGAAGAAUAGUUUUGUUUGUAUUGUACACUUGAUGAUGAAAGUCUGAACUUCUGGAAAUAAAAGAAAAUGCAAUUUGAUUUGCAUUAUCAGAUGUAAA